AUGGCAGAUCAUCAAAGAAUUCAUCCGGUUCAGGACCCCGAGGCGGCAGCACCACAGACCACCACUGCUCCGUUGGUUCCCCGAGGUUCUUUCCGGUCAGAUAAAGGCGAUCCGGCAGAACAGUAUCCACCAUUCCGCCGGACUAUCCCGUAUGCACCUUCAAAACCACCACCAAGGAAAAGCUGCUGUAGAAAGUGCUUGUGUUGGACCAUAUCCCUUCUCCUACUACAAAUACUAAUCAUUGGGAUUUUGGCUGCAAUCAUAUACUUUGUAUUCCAACCAAAAAUACCAAAAUACUCGGUAGAUGCCAUGAGAAUAACUCAAUUCAAUCUCGGCAAUGAUAACAGUCUCUCUGCGACGUUCAACGUCAAUAUCACUGCAAGAAAUCCUAACAAAAAGAUAGACGCAGGAUGCAAACAGAUUACUUCAGUCAUUGCAGGCGCAACAGCAGACGGGAAAUAUUCCUUUGAGGCUUCGAGCCAAGGUUCCGGUGAGGCUGAAGCUUGGAAAACUGAAACUGAUGAAAUGGAAGUUGUUGGUGAGAUGCAGGCUGGUGGUAGACACUUUAUCUGCAGAUAA